GUCAGCAUGGAAGCGAAAGGGCAUGAUGCAAAUCCGGAAGAUGUAUCAUUGAGCGCCGUCAGAUCCAGCGGAAGUUCUGCCAGUCCGUUUUUAGUGUCAACUUGUCUUCGUGGCGCAGUGAAUGAAAACCCUUCCACACCGGUGGCUUUAACACAGAACCCUUUAUUCACUAAAUACGAAAUGGAACUUGAAACCCAGCGAAAAGUUAUCCCUUACCCCGGAAAAGAACAUAUUGAGCGGGUUUUAGAAGAGUAUUCUCAUCAGGUGAAAGAUUUACAGAGAAGACUGAAUGAAAGUGCUGAGAUGCAUGAAAAACAGAAAUUCCAUCUGAGACAGUCAGUUAUCGACUUGCAGACCAAGCUUCAAGAGAUGCAGAUGGAGAGAGACGCCUUGGUUGACAUCAGACGAAGGGAGACCCAUUCUCAGGAUGAUCUGAGGAACCAGCUCCAAAGUACAGUUCAUGAACUUGAAACUGCCAAGCGCCUUCAGGAAGAGAUGCUGAGGGAGAGCACUAGCCAGACAGAGCAGCUUAGAAAGAUAAUGCUCAGCCAUGAAGGUGUGCUUCAGGAAAUCCGGUCCAUUCUGAUGGACUAUGAAGAGACCACAGGCAAGAGAAUAUAUGAGCAUGAGACCAUCUCUUCUCUCCACGUCCGCAACUUGGGCACAGCUAUUAGUAAACUUCUAAGAGAGUUAGACACGGAAGUGUCUUAUCUUAAAGGGAGGAUUUUUCCAGUAGAAGACCAACUUGAAUCAUUGAAAACUGAAUCACAGAACAAAAUAGAGCUGCUUCUUCAACAGCAUCAAGAUAGGAUUGAGCAAUUAAUGAAUGAGCAUGAGCUUGAAGUAACAGGCCUGACAGAGAAAGCUAGCAGUGCCCGAAGCCAAGCAAAUAGCAUCCAGAGCCAAAUGGAAAUCAUUCAAGAACAAGCAAGGAAUCAAAAUUCAAUGUAUAUGCGUCAGCUCAGUGAACUGGAAUCUACUGUUUCUCAGCUGCGUUCUGAAUUAAGAGAAGCCAAAAGAAUGUAUGAAGACAAGAUAGAAGAUCUUGAGAAACAGUUAGUCCUGGCCAACUCAGAAUUGAAUGAGGCCCGCACUGAGCGUGAUCAGUUCAGUCAGGAAUCUGGAAACUUGGAUGACCAACUUCAGAAGCUGCUGGCUGAUUUACAUAAAAGGGAAAAGGAGCUAAGUUUGGAAAAGGAGCAGAACAAGAGGCUUUGGGACAGAGAUACUGGCAAUAGCAUCACCAUUGACCACCUGCGCCGGGAGUUAGAUGACAGGAACAUGGAAGUGCAGCGUCUGGAAACACUAGUGAAAACCAUGAAGACUGAGUGCCAAGGGCAGAUGGAGCGCCAGAUGGCAGCAAUUCAAGGAAAGAACGAAAGUCUAGAGAAAGUGUCUUCCUUGACAGCUCAAUUGGAAUCUACCAAAGAGAUGCUCCGCAAAGUUGUGGAAGAGCUGACUGCGAAGAAGAUGACCCUGGAAAGUUCUGAGAGAACCGUGUCUGACCUGACACAGUCUCUACAAGAGAAAGAGCGAGCCAUUGAGGCUACUAAUGCGGAGAUCACCAAGCUCCGUUCCAGGGUUGACUUAAAGUUACAGGAACUUCAACACCUAAAGAAUGAAGGGGACCACCUCCGGAAUGUGCAGUCGGAGUGUGAGGCCCUCAAGCUGCAGAUGGUGGAGAAGGACAAGGUGAUCGAGAUCUUGCGCCAACAGAUCGAGAACAUGACUCAGCUGGUUGGCCAGCAUGGGCGUACGGCUGGGGCUAUGCAAGUGGAAAAAACUCAGCUUGAAAAAGAGAUCAAUGAUCGGAAGCUAGAACUGCAGGAAUUCAAGAUAAUAAAAGACAAGAAAGAUUCCAAAAUACGUGAGCUCGAAGCCCGGCUAAGUGACUUGGAACUUGAAAAGGUGAAGCUGGUGAAUGCUGGAUCUGAACGGCUCCGUGCAGUAAAGGACAUGAAACAAGAGAGAGACCAACUACUAGCUGAGGUGAAAAAUAGUCGGAAUGAGCUCUCCAGUCUUUCAGAGGACUACGAAGUUUUGAAAAGAAAUUAUCGGAACAAAAGCGAAGAGAUGGAAUGUACCACGAACAAGCUGAAAAUGCAAUUGAAAUCUGCCCAGACUGAACUGGAACAAACAAGAAAUACUUUAAAGACAAUGGAAGGCUCUGAUGGCCAUGCCAUGAAAGUUGCAAUGGGAAUGCAGAAGCAAAUCACUGCCAAACGAGGACAGAUUGAUGCCCUGCAGAGCAAGAUUCAGUUCUUGGAGGAAGCAAUGACGAAUGCAUCUAAGGAGAAGCGUUUCUUAAAAGAAGAGAAAAAUAAACUAAGUCAAGAAUUGAGCCUUGUUGCAACGGAAAAAAAUAAAAUGGCAGGGGAGCUGGAGAUCCUGAGAUCCCAAGAGCGGCGCUUGAAAGAAAAAGUUGCUAACAUGGAAAUUGCUCUUGAUAAGGCAUCUUUGCAGUUUGCAGAAUGUCAAGACAUAAUCCAGCGUCAGGAGCAAGAAUCUGUACGCUUGAAACUUCAGCACACAAUGGAUGUAAAGGAACUUCAGGCUCCAGGCUACUCUCCAACCCCUUCAGUGAAACAGCGUAUUAUAACAUCGUUGCCUUCUUCCAGACCCCACUCUGCCAAUUUACCAUCUUCCCAGUCUUCCAUCAGCUAUGUAAGUCAUGUACCUCCCAAAGUUUCUGCUUUGAAGGAAGACCCAACAAGGGAUUUAAAACAACUUCUUCAUGAGCUGAGAAGUGUCAUCAAUGAGGAACCCUCUGUGUCAGUGCCGAAGAGUGAUGGUGACAUUGGGAGAGCACCCGCUGGAGGAGGCAUUCACAUGGGAGUAGAUGAUGCAGUCAGAGACCCACUUACUGAAUCUAAACUGAGAACAGAGUUGUUUAACAGAACAAAUGGAACAGAGGAGGACCAAAGAACACCAAGCAAAAACUCAGAAAUGAUGAGCAGAGAUCCUUCAACUCUACAUGCUGGAGACCUGGAGGACACAUCUAAUACCUUCAGUUUUCCAUCCAGUGUAAGUCCUUCAAUUGCAGUUGGUGGAAACCGCUAUGGCACUUCUCCUAAAAAGCCUCCAGCGCAUCCCAUCUUGUCCAGCUCAACUGAGGAUUCUCUGUCUUCCAAAUCAGACUACAGAGCUGUCAAACAUACCCAUUCAUCUGAUGUUAAAGCUUCUCCGAAUCAACCAGUAGAAACAACUGGAAAAACAUGUAGGAAGCUACAGAACAGACUGGAGAGUUUGCAAAAUCUGGUAGAAGAUUUACAAAUGAAAAACCAAGCAAUGUCUUCAAUGAUCAGAAAUCAAGAAAAAAGGAUACAGAAAGUCAAAGAUCAAGAGAAGAUGCUAUUGAAAUGAACCAUCCCUUGCUUCAUUUUUAUACAUGGACUAUGCCUAAUUAGCUGUCAUGUUUAAACAUACAUAUUAUUCUGUGGAAGGUUUUUUUCUGUGAAAAUUUAAUAAA